CAGAAAGCGACGCAUGCGCAGGAGAACUCAGAACGUUCCGUCGGAGCGCGCUGCCACGCUGAAGGCGCUACAAUAAGGGAAAAGAAAAACGACCUAUCAUCUAACGAUCAUGUCUGACGGAGAAGGAUUCGUGGUCCGCAUCCGGGGACUGCCCUGGUCAUGCUCUGUCGAUGAAGUCCAGAGGUUUUUCUCAGAUUGUAAAAUUGCUAAUAAUGGUACGAGCAUCCACUUCACUUACACCCGUGAAGGCCGACCCAGUGGCGAGGCCUUCGUGGAGUUGGAGUCGGACGACGACCUCAAGAUCGCUGUGAAGAAAGACAGAGAGACCAUGGGCCACCGCUACGUGGAAGUGUUCAAGUCCAAUAGCGUGGAGAUGGACUGGGUCAUGAAACAUACCGGUCCGAACUGCCCGGAGACGGAGGGCGAUGGGCUGGUCCGACUCCGUGGCCUGCCUUUCGGGUGCAGCAAGGAGGAGAUCGUCCAGUUCUUUUCAGGGUUGGAAAUCGUGCCAAAUGGGAUAACAUUGCCGGUGGACUUCCAGGGGAGGAGUACGGGGGAGGCCUUCGUGCAGUUUGCUUCACAGGAUAUAGCUGAAAAGGCUCUAAAGAAACACAAGGAAAGAAUAGGGCACAGGUAUAUAGAGAUAUUCAAGAGCAGUCGUGCCGAGGUCCGGACGCAUUACGAACCCCCACGCAAAACCAUGGGCAUGCAGCGGCCUGGGCCGUAUGACCGCCCGGGGGGCGGCCGUGGGUACAACAGCAUGGUCCGCGGAGGCUCCUUCGAGAGGAUGCGACGUGGGGGCUAUGGUGGAGGUCUGUCAGAUGGGCGCUAUGGUGACGGGAGCUCGUUCCAAAGCACAACGGGUCAUUGUGUGCACAUGAGGGGGCUUCCCUACCGAGCCACGGAGACCGAUAUCUACAGCUUCUUCUCGCCCCUGAACCCGGUCCGCGUUCACAUUGAGGUCGGCCCGGAUGGGCGCGUGACCGGUGAGGCGGACGUCGAGUUUGCGACCCAUGAAGAUGCCGUGGCAGCCAUGUCCAAGGACAAGGCUAACAUGCAGCACCGCUACGUGGAGCUAUUCCUGAACUCGACAGCAGGGGGCAGCAACGGCGGCUACGGCAGCCAAAUGAUGGGCGCCCUCAGUGAGUCCAACCAGUCUUCCUAUGGGCCCAGCAGUCAGCAGAUGAACAGUGGCUACGCGGGGGGGUACAGCAGCCAGACCAACAUGGGCGGCUACAGCGAUUAUAGUAAUCAGAGCGGAAUGAACAGCAGUUACUACGGCAGCGGCAGCAGAGGCUCCAUGGGCUUGAAUGGCAUGGGGGCAGGGUGGGGCAUGUAAGGCCGUGGGGGUGACCCAGGUUGGGGGGUGGUGUUGGGGUGCAACCGGCACUGACGAUAAAGGGCUCCAGAGCUGCUCAAUGUCUGUGAGGGGGAUAUUUUCUUUUGUUCUUUUUUUUUUUUUUUUUUUUAUGCUUUGCAUCAGUAAGUGGAUGGAAUUUCAGUAAUGAAAUGUAAUCAUUUCAUUAAAGCUUUGCAUCAGUAAGUGGUUGGAAUUUCAGUAAUGAAAUGAAAUGUAAUAAUUUCAUUAAAGCUUUGCAUCAGUAAGUGGGUGGAGUUUCUGUAUAUACAGGGUUGACAUUUUUCUACGGUGUACGUGAAGAAGUUGGCGUAGUCUGACGAUGUAUACCCUUAUUUUACAGGACUUGUACAAUUCGUCUGUGUCUAAAGUAUAGGUUAGUCGAGUUGAGACCAGGCAUAUCUUGGUCUUUCUGACCUUGAUUUCUGUGUCCGCAGUAGAUAAACUUAGGUAGCAAGACUGACUUAAAUUCAUUUGUAAAUAUGGUCAACUUUUUGUUUUUGGAGUUAAAUGUCCAGCUUUUUUUUUCUUUUUUGUCUCGAUGUCAGCGACCUGGGACUUGGUGUGAACGUGGAUUUUUAUAUCGUGAGAGAGCAUGUUGGAACUCUUUUUAAUACACUUUGCAAUUUUGGAGACUGGGCACGUUGGGAUUUUGUCUGUGAUGCAGUACCAACUAAUCAUUGUGUUCCUUCUACUGUAAUGAAGCUUUAAUCCCUCCUAAAUGGUUUGGUCUGUGAUCUUGUUUUGCACACAGUAAAUAAAAUUGUUCUGUGUACACACAA